GGAACGCCUUGAUGGGUGGGUGUUUUUCCCCAAGCAUCCUUCCUCGCGUGGCAGCGAUUCGCAGCAGAGGUGGCAAGGGAUGGGGCCUGUUGGUGUAGAGUUAUUUCACUUGCUGUUUUUCUAGGGUAGUCCAGAUGCUACAGUACCACCUACUGAUGCCAUGACACAGACGUUUCCAGCCCAGUAUCCACCGCCACCACCCCAGGCCCGACUCCCCCCACAAUACCAUCUCCACAGCACUCCAUCUGAGUACCCAUCUCCAACUGCCCUGGAUCAUAGCCUGCGCAUCUUUCCUGAGCAGGGCACAACGGCAUCGGAUCCGCUACCAUUGCCUCCACCUCCUGCUCAACCCGAAGAAAUCCCUGCACCUGAGCUGUCUCCAGAGACAGAGGAUGCAGAAAGUGAGGAGAAUAAAGCUCAGCCAAAGCGCUUACAUGUGUCCAACAUUCCCUUCCGCUUCCGUGACCCUGACCUGCGGCAGAUGUUUGGACAAUUUGGAAAAAUCCUCGACGUGGAAAUAAUCUUUAAUGAGCGGGGCUCCAAGGGUUUUGGGUUUGUCACCUUUGAAAACAGCCAAGAUGCUGACCGGGCACGAGAAAAGCUAAACAGCAGUAUUGUUGAAGGGAGGAAAAUUGAGGUCAACAAUGCCACUGCUCGUUUAGUCACCAAGAAACCCCCAGUGGCGCCUCUGGUGAAUGGAUGGAAGAUCAAUCCUGUAGUUGGCGCUGUCUAUGCUCCUGAUCUGUACACAGGUUAGUGUGUUAUGUGUUAAAUUGUAGGAAACAACAUCGAGCCACGGUAGCGCAGUGGUUAGAGUGCAGUACCGCAGGCUACUUCUGCUGCCUGCUGGCUACCUGCAAUUUGGCAAUUCAAAUCCUACCAGGCUCAAGGUUGACUCAGCCUUCCA